CAAAUAAGGAACUAAAUUCUGAUUUCAAUUUCAGAUGUAAUGACAAACCUUCAGGUUUUCCCUUAGUUUUUUCUAGUGUUGGGGUCUUUGUUGGUUUGACGGAGCAACAGAUGUGUUUUCAGCCUUCUAAUAUCAGGAGGAGGGGUAGAGGGGGGGAUUAAACGACGACACCGCUUUAGUGAUUUGACAGUGCUUUGAUGGAAAAGGUUUCAGGGAGUCCGUCAGUCAUGGGCAGCACAACAAUUGCAGGCUGGUAGAUGUGCAAAUCUUCUAACGAGCAAAGGUAGAAGUUGCAAAGAAUACAAUUACAUCUAGUAGCUGUUUUUCCACAAAGUAGGAGGCAAAGGGAAACAUCAGCAGCUGACAUGAGGCUGCUCAGAGACGGGGUCCGGGUCCGGCGGGCCGCCGAGCCAGCAGAACCAGAAUCAGAGGAAGCAACUGAGCCCACUCACCAUGAGCCCACUCAUCCUGAGCAUCAUCACAAACACCCUCAUACAGAGCAUCACCCAGGACACGACUACACCCACAUGAAGGAGAAGUUCAUGAACGAGCUGGGUCAUCUACCAAUUCCUAUGUGGGCAGUGGCAGCUAUUGUUGUGUUGGUCCUGGUUUUGGUGGCCUGCUGCCUCUUCUGUGCUUUCAAGAAAUGCUUUGGGAAAAAGAAAAAGCCAAAGAAAGUACGGGAGAGGAAGACAGGCCGCCGCAGGAAGACGAAGGAAGGGGAGGGAGAACCUGGAGAAAAGGAAGGAGAGGUGAAGAAGGAAGGGGGUGAAGAGGAGGAAAAAGAACAAGAGAAGCUUGGUAAACUGGAGUUCUCCCUUGACUACAACUUCACAGAUUCUCAGCUCAUUGUGGGCAUCCUUCAGGCCCAGGACCUCGCUGCUAUGGACAUGGGAGGAACUUCAGACCCAUACGUCAAAGUGUUUCUGUUACCCGACAAAAAGAAGAAGUACGAGACCAAGGUUCAACGCAAAAACCUGUGCCCCGUUUUUAACGAGACUUUCAUUUUUAAGAUUCCAUAUGCAGAGCUGGGUGGAAAGACUUUGGUAAUGCAGGUUUUCGACUUUGACCGUUUCUCCAAACACGACAUGAUCGGUGACAUCAAGAUUCCCAUGAACAGUGUAGAUUUGGGUCAGCCUCUGCAACAAUGGAGAGAUUUGGAGAGCGUGGAAAAGGAGGAGGAAAAACUAGGUGAUGUUUGCAUCUCUCUGCGCUAUGUACCCACUGCUGGAAAACUGACUGUAAACAUCAUGGAAGCAAAGAAUCUUAAGAAAAUGGAUGUUGGCGGUUUAUCAGACCCAUAUGUGAAGAUAGUUUUGCAACAAAAUGGAAAACGUAUAAAGAAGAAGAAGACGACAGUCAAGAAAAACACCCUCAACCCCUACUUUAACGAGAGUUUCAGCUUCGACGUCCCAUUUGAGCAAAUACAGAAAGUCCAGGUUGUCAUUACAGUGUAUGAUUAUGACAAGCUUGGGAGCAAUGACCCCAUCGGAAAGACCUUCAUGGGUUACGGAGCUACAGGAGUUGGCCUGCGCCAUUGGUCAGACAUGCUGGCUAAUCCCAGGCGUCCAGUGGCCCAAUGGCACACGCUCAUGCCCGAGGAAGAGGUUGAGGCAGCUCUGAAAGCAAAACCCCGUUAACGCCUCUUUAUGACACAUCGCUGAGGCGGACGUUUUACUUGUUGUGUGUCAAUGUUUUUCCCUUCAAGUGUAAUGGGAGAUAGGAAAAGAAAUUAAGUUCUGUUGUUUAUAUUUAUUUUUUGUUUUUUUCUAAUCAAGAGGAUUAAGUUGUUGUCCCAUCCUUUGACAUUAUUUUUACCGAGAUUGAACUAAAAAGAGAACCACUGAAAUGAAGGUUUAAUCCAUCCCAUUACCUUUUAAUGCUUUUUAAUAGUUCAUAGGUGUGCGUAUGAGUGUUUGUUUGCAUGUUCAUAUAAAAUAAUCUCAUUCCUCUCCUUCACCCAACAUGACUUCAUCAUUUGUAAAACAUGCAACACCACUAUAUUUAAAGGUAUGGAUGGGUCUGGAAUCUUUGUUUGCUAAAAUAUCUGAUCUUUUUUUUUGUUUUAAAGUAAUGCUGGUUUUAUUUAGUUUUUGUUUUCUUUUUGUUUUUUAGGUUCACUUUGUUGUUGUGCAAAAAGAGUUCUGUAAAGUCUAAUAAACAUUUGAAAACCUCA